CCAGAUUUCUGCGAUCAACUUCUUCUCCUUCUUUGACAGCAUCUCAGCUUCGUCUGGUUCUCCUUGAUGUUGUUGAUUUCACCCUGAGCAGCAGCAACAGAGAAGAAGAAACAGCAGGCGACCUCAGCAGCCGUGUUUCCCUUGCUGUGAAAAGUAAGUGAAUGAGAAUAGAACAGUCAGAGUGGGAAGAAUGCUACAGACAGAUGCCAACUGCCCGUAAAAAUCAUACAAAGAAAAGAAGUGGACUCCCUGCAUAGAUGACAUCACAGCUCUGAUGUAACCAACUACAUCAAAGACAUGCAUUUGCUGUUUGAUAGCUUUAAAGUGGAACAAAUGAGGGCUGUUUACAGCAGGAUGACAAUGGAAGAAAGGGACCAGCAGAUGGCUGCAGUACAACCAGGAUGACUGCUUUUGUUGAACAGAACAAAUAGACAGCCGACUUAAAGCUAAUGAAAACCCUGAUUAAAUCCAGAAGGAUGUAGUGAUGCGACAUCAUGGAGGGGGGAAAACGCCAGAGAGGAAAAAGGAAGAAAGAAAAAGAAAAAGCAAAAGUUAAAGUCAAAGUAAAAGGAAAAGAAAAAGUCAAAGUCAAAGUAAAAGCAAAAGCAAAAGCAAAAGCGAAGGCAAAAGAAAAGAAAAAAGAAAAAAAAAAAGUUCCACCAGAGCCCAUUGUUGAAGAAACACUGGACAUUGAAGAGAAUCUACAAAAAGCUGCAACUGAAAAAUACAUCUGGCAAUUUGUGGCCACCAUGGUGUACACGAUGCUCACCAAGAUCAAAGCUCUUGACAUGUGGGGCACCGUGUCGACUGCCAUGUACUCUAAACACCUGGUUGAUCUGGCAAUGGAACAAAUCAUAAUGGAGGGAAUCACUGUGGGCUAUUAUCCCAACCUGGCCAGAGCAAAGCUAGUGGCUAAAGUUGUCCUGAGAGAUUUGAGACGUAAGUUUGGUGAUGUGAUGAUCGGCCUGAUUUUGAUGCGAGACCCUGUCAUGAAAGAGGCCAUCAUCAGAACAAUGGUGCUCCAUGUUUUCCUCUAUUCAGAGCGACAUUUGAAACGCAGCCACAGACACCACACUUGUUUGUCCAUCACAAAACUGGCCAUAAGUCUGGGCGCCUGUGCAGUACUUUUACUUGCCAUCUUUUUCUUGGUCCGUUACAUACCCCCCAUCCACAAAUGGAAAACAUCAGGUGCAAAUGAUACAAAUAAAGACGUAGACGAUAGCACGUUAUUGGAAGACAUCUUCUUUCCAGAUGCAAGGAAACAGUAUUUUAACGAAGCGUCAUUUCACACCCGGCCUCUGCUUCAACCUGACCCUCACAUCUCCAAUCAAGGUGACAUCCAUAAAGCCACCCUUCAUGUCAACAAUGUGGUGGAGCGUCAUGACGACCUGUCACACCUUGACCGUGAUGUAACCAUCCUCCGAGAGAUUUCUCCGGCCUAUGACUUCUUUUUAAAAUUAAAUAAUUUCUUUUCUAAUGACAGAGCUAAAGAGAAACCAGGGUAGAGAGACGUUCCCAGAGUUCUAUGUUCUGCUUGGAAAAAACUGAGCACAUUCACUGAUGCAGUUGUCGCUUAAACUGACACCUCAACGCCGCCUGUGUGGCCCUCCUGUACUCCUUGGAGUCACUCUGAUGGGCCGUAACCCACUCAGGGAAACACUGGUUUAUAAAAACGUACAAUGCACAAUCAUCAACAAUGUAAAUGAACAGUUACAGUGAACCAGACAUUGAAUAAAAUGGCUGCAACUUUUUAUGGCUAUUUUUAUUUAGUUAUUUACAUCAUUCAUUCCCAUCCACAUUUGCUCAUUUGCUGAAGUGAAAAAUAAUCUAAAUUAACUUAAUUGAUCUGAAAACUUUUUUUUGUUGGUAUUCAAAAGCUUCCAUAAAUGUCAUACAUGUGUGUACGUGUUGUAAUCUGGAAUCUUCCUUAAAAUUUGCUUAAGCGUUAGCCAUAAUUAAGACUGCAUUACUACCUUCUUCUGGAUCAAAGGUUGUUAAUCUGUCAGAAAAUACCUUUGAAGUGUGGUCUUAUGUGUGGAAGUCCAAAAACUAUCCUUGAAAAACAAGAAAAGGAAAGAUGUAAAGGCAGAAGUGCAUCACUAUAAACACUGGAUGGCCCUGGACGUCAUUGUUUUUAAAGACAUAAUUUAAAAUGUCAGCAAAGAAGAUACGAGAAGACAUGGGGAAAAAGGAGAGAGCGCUGUAAUUCAACAGCAUGGCUGUCUUAAUAUGUUAUUAUUAUUAUAUAUUAGAGAAAGAGUAGAUGGAGAGACAGCAGUGAUGUACAUUGUGUGGACCACCUACCAAUAAACACAAGAGACGGGGAGGCAUUUAUGGAGAUAAAACAGCAGACAGUGACCUCUGAGACCAUGGAAUCAGCACAGUUAAACCCUGGAAGGCAGCAAACCCGGUAUACUGUCAUUAUGAUGACACUUGCCGUUCUUGAGAAGUGCAUUA